AUGUUUAGAGUAUCACGUUUAGCUAAGAACAGAAGGCUUCCGGUCAAUUGCAAGCCUGUAAUUAGACCUGUGGUGUCACGGAUGGUACCAUUAGUACCGGCCGUGCCAUCGAUGACCUUGAACUUACAAUCUCAAAGACUUUUCAGUGUGUCAGCCACCAGGAAGCUUCAAAUGAGUAUGGAGAAGGAAGACAAAAGACCUGCUUUAGAGAAGUAUGGUCAAGAUUUGACACAGCUCGCUAAGGAUGGGAAGUUAGAUCCAGUUAUUGGAAGAGAUGAAGAGAUAAGAAGAACUAUCCAGAUUUUAUCUCGUAGAACUAAGAACAAUCCUGUGUUGAUUGGUAAUGCUGGGACAGGGAAGACAGCUAUUAUGGAAGGGUUAGCCCAAAGAAUUUUAAAGAAUGAAGUCCCUGAUAGUAUGAAGGAUAAACAAAUCAUCACCUUGGAUUUGGCAGCUAUCAUCUCAGGAGCUAAGUUUAGAGGAGAUUUUGAAGAAAAAUUAAAGCUGAUUUUGAAAGAAGUUGAAGAGAAACAUGGGAAGGUGAUCCUUUUUAUUGAUGAGCUUCACCUUCUUAUGGGGUUAGGAAAAGCUGAAGGGUCAAUUGAUGCAUCUAAUUUGUUAAAACCUGCAUUGGCUAGAGGUAAGUUAUCCUUAUGUGGAGCUACUACUAUUGAAGAAUACCGUAAGUAUGUGGAAAAAGAUGCUGCAUUAGCUAGGAGGUUUUCACCAGUGAUGGUUAGUGAACCAACUGUUCAAGACACUAUCUCCAUAUUAAGAGGAUUAAAAGAAAGGUACGAAGUUCAUCAUGGGGUAAGAAUUACUGAUGGAGCUCUUGUCACCGCUGCUCUUUAUUCAAACCGUUAUAUCACUGAUAGGUUUUUACCUGACAAGGCCAUUGAUCUUGUGGAUGAAGCAUGUUCCACUUUAAGAUUGCAACAUGAAUCCAGACCCGAUGCCAUUACCAAUCUUGACCGUCAAAUAAUGACGAUUCAAAUUGAAUUAGAAUCCUUGAGAAAGGAAGAUGAUCAAUUGUCAGCAGAUCGUAGAAAAAAAUUGGAAGAUGACUUGAAAAUCAAAGAAGCUGAAUUGAAGGAUAUCACCGAUCAAUGGGAAUCCGAAAGAAAACUGAUUGAUGAUAUAAAGGCUGCCAAAACAGAAUUAGAACAAGCUAGAUUUGACUUGGAACAAUCACAAAGAGAAGGUAAUUAUGCCCAAGCUUCAGAAUUACAAUAUGCCACGAUUCCCGAUUUAGAAGCUAAAUUAAAGAAUUUAACCAAUGAUGAUGCAGCUAAGACUUCAAGCUUGUUACAUGAUUCCGUUACAUCUGAUGAUAUUGCUUAUGUGAUAUCCAAAAUGACUGGAAUCCCUGUGAACAACCUUAUGAAGGGAGAAAAGGAUAAAUUAUUGGAUAUGGAGAUCUUGUUAAAACAAAAAGUUAUUGGCCAAGAUGAAGCUAUUCAUGCCAUCGCGGAUUCUGUUAGAUUACAAAGAGCCGGUUUAACCAGUGAUAAGCGUCCAAUAGCUUCAUUCAUGUUCUUGGGACCCACUGGUACAGGUAAGACUGAAUUGACCAAGAGUUUGGCGGAAUUCUUGUUCAAUGAUAAGAGCUCUGUCAUCAGAUUCGACAUGUCUGAAUUUCAAGAGAAACAUACAGUUUCUAGAUUAAUAGGUUCACCUCCAGGGUAUGUUGGAUAUGAGGAAAGUGGUGAAUUGACGGAAGCUGUUAGAAGAAAACCAUAUUCUGUGGUAUUAUUCGAUGAAUUCGAGAAAGCUCAUCCUGAUGUUUCUAAAUUGUUGUUACAAGUAUUAGAUGAGGGAUACUUAACUGAUUCUCAUGGUAAGCAUAUUGAUUUCCGUAACACUAUCAUCGUUAUGACAUCCAAUAUUGGCCAAGAGAUUUUGCUCAAUGAUAAACAUACCUCCGAUGAUGGGAAGAUCAACCCCGAAACCAAAAACCAAGUUACAUCUUUAUUGAAGAAUUAUUACCCACCAGAAUUUUUGAACCGUCUUGAUGAAGUUCUUUUAUUCAACAGACUUUCCAAAGUUUCUUUGAAGAAUAUCUUGGACAUCCGUCUCAGAGAAAUCUCAGAAAGAUUAGAAGAUAAGAGGAUGAUCUUGCAAGUGGAUGAUCAUGCUAAGGAAUUGUUAGCAGAGUUCGGUUACGACCCUAUCUAUGGUGCCAGACCAUUGAAUAGAGUCCUUCAAAAGAAAGUUUUAAAUCCCCUUGCCAUGUUGAUGAUCAAGGGACAAGUCAAAGAAGGUGACUUAGUAGAGGUCACUGUGAAAGAUGAAGACAUUUAUGUCAAACCAAAUCAUGCAGAAGAUUUGGGCAGAGAAGAUUAA